AUGCGCCAACCAAGAACCUCCCACGAGCGCCGUGCUCAACUCGCCGAGCGCCAAAUCGGAAACUUCACCGACAGCGACAGCAACGGUGUCAACUCCAACACCGACAACAACGCCUUCACCGACACAGACGACGGCUUCGCCAACCGAAACAGGCUCCCCAGCACCCGCCGCCGCCGCCGCCACGGCAACGGCUUCACCUCCAACGACGGCGGCUUCUCUACGGAUGACGGCUUCUUUGGCCGGAAUCGGCUUGGUAGCUUGCAGCGCCGUCGCGUCAAGAAGUUGGCCGAGAAGCGCCAGAUCCAAAACUUCACUUCAGACGACGACAACGGCAUCACCUCCAACGACGGCGGCUUUUCUACGGAUGAUGGCUUCUUCAAUAGGAACAGGCUGCCCGCGGCCCAGCGCCGCCGCCGCAUGAAGAAGAGGGCGGAGGAGAAGCGUCAAAUCCAAAACUUCACCUCGGACGAUGACAACGGCAUCACCUCCAACGACGGUGGCUUCUCCGACACCGACGACGGCUUCUUCAAUAGAAACCGUCCGCAGCGCCGCCGCACCAAGAAGAGGGAGGAGAAGCGCCAGAUCCAAAACUUCACCUCGGAUGACGACAACGGCAUCACGUCCAACGACGGCGGCUUCUCCGAUACCGAUGACGGCUUCUUCAACAACGCCCGCCAGCGUCCCGGAAACAAGAGGAAGCGCCGCGUCGACGCUCCUCGCCGCGAGACCCUCGAGGCGAGAUCAGGCACGGAGAGCGAUGACAACGAUCCCUUCACCGAUCUCGACUCGGACGAUGAGGCUCGCAACAACCAGCCCCCGCCCCCGUCAACAACGUCAUCGUACCCAGCAUCGCCGCCCCUUCAUCCUUGCCCUCGCCAAACGUCGAGGCCCCUGCCGCGACACCGCAAAUCGACCCCGUCCUCAACGUCGGCGAACCCGCCGCCGAAGCUCCCUCUGCUGCUCCACCCGCAGAGGCCGCUCCGGCCGAGACCCCGGCCGAGACCCCGCCUGCCGUUGAAGUCCCAGCACCCGUCAGCACCCCGCGGAUGCUCCUGCGCCAACCCGGAACCGGCUGCCACUUCCGUAUCAGACAUCGUGUCUCAAAUCACAGGCUCAGCAGACUCGCCCAGCUCCAGCAGCAUCGCCCCGAUUUCAUCCGGAACCGGCGCAGAGAGCGGGCAAGCCAAUAGCCCCCAGGGCAUCACAUCGGGAGAGUCUGCUGGCGGCAUGAGCCGGGGAGCCGCUAUUGGCAUCGCCUUCGGAACCAUUGCCUCCCCCGCCGGCCUCGGGCGCUCCGACUCGACCCGCACCGACACCGUCGUCAUGGACAAGGCCAUGCGGGCCAUCUACGCCAACGAGCUCAGCCCAGAGGACAAGUUGUACGCCGGCCAGGAGACCCUGGACCAGCGUAGCAUGAGGGAGCUCGAGGCCGACCAGGCCGUGACCCCCAUCGACAAACCCAUGCCGGUUCUGCCUCUGCCUUCGGACAACGCCGGCGGCCGGGGACGCGAGACCAUGUUUCGCCAAGUCGAUGGGUGGCUGCAACGGACCACGAGCAUGUUUUCGCAACCAAACAGGAACACCGUGUUCCCCGGGGCGAUCAAAACCAGUAGUGGGCCAGGUAUCUUGGACCAGCUACCUCGUCAAGGAGACAGAUACUGA